AUGGCGUUUAUGCCUAGCCCUUCAACGCUUUCAAGCAUGCAAGACAUUUCAAUUAAACUUCUCAUUUUGUUGAAGCUGAGCUUGACGUUGAUCCCAUUUUUUCUCAUAGGUCUUCUAGUCUAUAAUGUAUAUUUUCAUCCCUUGGCCAAGUACCCAGGACCAAAAUCCAUGGCAGCCACACGUCUACCUUAUAUCCGCAUGAUUCUGGGUGGUCGGUUCCCCCAAAUCAUGAAAGUGCUACAUCAACAGUACGGCAAUGUAGUUCGCAUUGCCCCCAAUGAGCUUUCAUUCAUAGAUGGCUCGGCCUGGAAGACAAUAUAUGGCACACGUGCCGGCCAUAGCCAGAAGCCCAAAGAUAAUCGAUUCUAUGUACCACCUGCUGGAGAAGCUCCCAGCAUCAUCACCUCCAAUGACGCCGACCAUUCCCGCUUUCGACGAUUGUUGUCACACGGAUUCUCCGAUAGCUCGCUGCGCAGUCAGGAACCCAUAAUCAAGGGCUAUAUUGAUCUUUUUAUGCAGCGCCUGCAUGAGAAUAUGGAGGGCGGGACAAAGACCGUUGACAUGGUGGCCUGGUACAACUUCACGACCUUUGAUAUUAUUGGAGACUUGGUUUUUGGGGAGUCGUUUGACUGUCUUCAAAAUUCUGAGUAUCACCAAUGGGUAUCCAUAAUCUUCAGCACGCUCAAGUUUGGUGCCUAUACAAAUGUGUGUCGGCGUUUUCCAGGAUCAAAAUAUGUCCUCUCAUGCAUCCUUCCCGAGAAGGUUGCCUCGCAGAGAAAAGAACACCUAGCUCUGACCAGGGCAAAAGUCCAUGGCCGGAUGAACAAGUCAAAUGAGAGACCUGAUUUUUUUGCCAACAUCUUGAAGCAUCAGGACACCGAGAAAGGAUGUAGCGUUCCAGAAUUGAUCAGCAAUAGCAGUACUUUGAUCAUUGCCGGCUCAGAGACCACUGCGACAUUGCUUUCUGGUGUGACGUACCUGCUGCUGAAAAACCCGCGCGUGCUGGCAAAGCUUCAAGAUGAGAUCAGAUCCGCAUUUACUGAAGAGAGAGACAUCACCUUGGAGGCAUGUAAUAAUUUGAAGUACUGCCUGGCUGUCCUCACUGAAACUCUUCGGGUUUAUCCUCCAGUUUCAAUUGGACUGCCUCGCAUCGUUGAUUCUGAAGGUGAUAUGAUUGCUGGGAAUUGGGUGCCAAAGGGAACCAUCGUUUCCGUCCCCCAACUAGCUGCCAAUCACUCCCCUACCAAUUUCACCGAUCCAGAGCAGUUUAUCCCAGAGCGUCAUUUGCAUGAUCCUCGCUUUGAGAAUGACAGUAAGACUGUAAUGCAACCGUUCAGUCUUGGCCCUCGAAAUUGCAUUGGACGCAAUCUGGCAUACGUCGAAAUGCGUAUAAUUAUUGCUCGCAUGAUCUUCAACUUCGAUAUGGAAUUGGACCAGCCUGAACAAGACUGGAUGGAUCAAGAUUCCUUUCUGCUAUGGAACAAGCCAAAGCUGAUGAUUAAGCUAAAGCCCAGAAUUCAGCCCAAAUAG